AUGGAUCUUUUCAUCGAUGAGUCUGAUCUGGAUUCUGAACCCACAUUCAAACGGCCAUCUUCGUUUGAUUCCCCAGAAGAUACCAAAAGAACAAAGGUAGAGUCUGAUCAUGACUUCAGUGAUUAUGAAUUGAGUGAAUCGGAUUUAGAAUGGGAAGAUAUCUUACCUGAGGUGGAUGAACCCAAUAAACCUGAGAAUGAUAAGAGACAAGAUCACUUUUCCAUACAAUUGAAUGAUGAUUCCCAUAAGAAGGAUCGUAUACGUAGAAUAAUCGAAAAUAAGAACAGAAAAUUGACCAUACAUAAUUUGGGCUUACUCAGCUACAUGCUUCAUGCUCAUCUUAGGAAUAAAUUGAUCAAUGACAAACAUGUUCAGAAAACACUAAAAAAGUUAUUGCCUGAGGAAGUAGUAAAAAGGGUGAAGAAAUUGAAAAAAUCCAUUGCUAAAGAAGCUGGGGAUUGUGAUGUUCAGUUGAUUUACAUCGUAAAAUAUUUGAUCAAAUGGUUCAGACUCAAUUUCAAAAUCACCUGUAAUGGAUUGAGAGUAUUAGGGUUCCUACCGAGCACUAACCAUGAUGAAUAUUUCAUGAACAAUGCCCCAACAUUCUCCAACUUAAAACUGUUCAUCUCCUUGAUCAAGAAAUUUAAUCAUAAUAGAGAUUUUGGGGCUCAACUAUUUACAGGACUUCUCAGAGCUUUGGGGUUCGAAGCUCGUAUGGUCUUUUCGGUCCCAGUAAUACAAGCCAAGAGUAAGAAAUAUCAGCCGAAGUUGGACCGGAAGAAAUUGGAAACGAACAGAGAUUUUGAUCUACUUUAUCCAUAUUUCUGGACAGAAUUGAUAAAUCCUAUUAAUCCUCAAGAGUUGUUGGUGAUAGAAACAUGUACUUUCCAUGACGAAGACAAACGGUUAUCAAGGAUUCUGAGAUUCUCUCAUAGCUUGAAAUCUCAUGUUCCUUUGUUUUAUCCCGUGCAAGACCAAUUCAACGAUAUGACCAUGACCUAUGUCGUGAGUCUUGAUAAUAAUAAUCAUGUUUUGGAUGUCAGCUCCAGAUACAUGAAGAAUAUAUGUUAUCGAUAUUUCCAUAAGAUUGAUCUUCGAAUGGAAUCCGGGAAGUCAUUAUUGCUUUAUUUAUCUAUCAUAAGGAUGCUCAACAGAGAUACGCUUCAUGAUGAGGGAACUGUCAAUAGGGAAUUGGACUGUUUGAGAUGGUUGGGUACACAUAACUAUGAAAUUCCCCAAACCAAGUCAGCUAUAAGUAGAAAUCCCAAUUUUACAACUCCUGACACUUUAAGGUAUGAUGAAGUGCUCAAUGGUGAUAAGCCGUUGACUAAAGUUUUGAUAAGCGGAGUCAGAACACCGGUAUAUUUCAAAAGCUCCGUUAUUGUAGGUAAAUCCGAACAGCAAUGGAAGUUUCUAGGCAGAUCUGUCAGACCAGAACACUUGGACAAGUUCAUCAAAACCACAAAAAGUUUACUACCUCGAACUAUUUAUCGAAGAAGACUCUAUGAGUUGAAUAUCAACAAUAAUCAACCGGAGUUGAAUACAGUGAAAUUGUAUUCAUUCACUCAAACCUGUCCUUAUAUCAAACAAAAAGUCAUUGAUGGACAAUUACCAAAGAAUAAAUAUGGUAACAUCGAGAUUUAUCGUGACUCCAUGAUCCCUGAAGAUUGUGAAUGGCUAAAACUAUCAGAUAUUGAAGCCAUUUUACGUGAUAAGUCCAACACCUCCAUUAGGUUUGUGCCGGUAGUCACAGGUUUCAAGUUUAAUAAAUUGGGAUAUGCUAUCCCUGAUAAAACUGGGGUGAUUGUAUUAUCUGAACAAAGUGAAAGGGCCAAAAAAUUUUGGAUAGCUUCUAAGAUCCGACAAAGAAAACUACAACAGAAACUUAAGGAAGAAGUUGCAUUGCACAAUUGGUAUCAAUUGAUCAAAAGGUUAAAAAUCAAGAAACGUUUGUUAAAGGAAUAUGGGAAGUAA